AUGCGCGUGUGUUGCCAGCAGCAGGUGGGCUACAAUGUGCUGCAGCCCGUGCAGGUGACGGUGGAUGGGCAGGAGGCGCUGUUCAUCCCGGCAGGCGCGGCCGGCGGGCAGGCGCAGCCCCAGGCGGCCCCGCCCCCGCCGCCGCCGCCGCCGCAGCCGCAGCCGCAGCACCAGGCCGCCCCGGCGCUGCUGCGGCCCGCGGGGCUGCUGCCCGCCUCCUUCCUGCAGAGCGUGGCCGCCGCCGCGGCCGCCGCCGCCGGGCAGGUGCAGCCGCUGCCGCACGGUCAGAGUGUUGCGGUACGCUCUGCAGUGCCCCAAGUACUUCAGUUUCCAGUGCAGCAAACAAUUCCUGUCCAAGUGCCCGUAUCUACAGCAAGUGGUCAGACCAUAUAUCAAACCAUCCAUUUUCCAGUCCAAGCUAUUACAUCACUGCCAUCCAUUAAUCAAGUUCAAAUGCUUCCUCAAAUAAGUCAAAUCAGCAGUCUUGCUCAAGCUCAGGUUCAGGCCCAGGCUCAGGCCCAAGCUCAAGCUCAAGCCCAAGCUCAAGCUCAGGCCCAAGCUCAAGCUCAGGCCCAAGCCCAAGCUCAGGCACAAGCCCAAGCCCAAGCCCAAGCUCACGCACAGGCCCAAGCCCAAGCUCAAGCACAGGCUCAUGCUCACCAAGCCCAAGUUCAAGCUCAAGCUCAAGCUGCCCAAGCACAUCAAGUUCAAGUGCAAACCCAAACACAUGUUCAUGCUCAGGCGCAAUCUCAGGCUCAAGUGCAAGUUGCACAAAACAUGCUAGCCCAAGCUGUGGCCAACUCUGCAAGUGUCACAGUGAGCACAUGGAGUGCCGGGGCAGUCAGCUCUCCUUCCAUGAACAUGCAGACUGUAAUGGCACCCAGCCUGAUGACGGGUGCCUCAGCACAUGAUGGCAGUCACCACACUGUUACUGUGCAGCAAGCGCAACCCCAACACCCGCAACCCUCUGCGCAGCCCCAACAGAUUACUAUUACAAACGCUCAAGGCCAGCAACUUACUGUGAUUCCUGCUCCUGGAUUGCCUAGUUUAACUAGUGCAGGUGGAGUGAGGACAACUAGCAACAUUAUUCAGAUGCCUAGUCUUCAAGCUAUUCCAAUCCAGAAUGUGCCAGGCCUAGGAAAUGUUCAACUUAUUCCUGCUUCAGCUCUGCAACAGCUAAGUUUAGCUGGAGCAGGCACCACCGGUCUUCCUCCUGGAGCUCACAUUAUUACUACAGCCCCUGCUCCAAGCGCUCAGGCUGUGGCUCAUGAUGUGUCUGACUCUGGCCCCAAGUGGCAAGUGAUCGCUGCAGCUCCGGGGCCAGGUCCCCCUGCUUUGGCCCCUGCUCCCGCGCCUUCCGAGGUGGACAGCGGCGUGGAGCCCUCUCGUCCUGCGCAGAAAUCCCGUGUGCGACGCGUGGCAUGUACAUGCCCCAACUGUAAAGAUGGAGAGAGGUUUCGAAGUGGGGAUCGUAAAAAACAGCAUAUCUGCCACAUACCUGGAUGUAAUAAAGUAUAUGGAAAGACUUCUCAUCUGCGGGCACACCUCAGGUGGCACACUGGUGAGAGACCUUUCAUUUGCAGUUGGGUUUUCUGUGGAAAGCGCUUCACUCGAUCUGAUGAGCUUCAAGGUUUUGAUGAUGAAGCUGAUGGCAGUGAUAAGGAAAUGUGGAUGUCAGAUGAGAUAUAUGCUUUGAAACAAAGCCAAUUUUCUCAGGAAGCAGCAACGUCUACUCAGUCUGUUUCAUCAGAAUGCAGUGAUUCUGGUGAUGAGGAGAAAAUGAUGAUUACAAUUCAAAAUGAUGCUGACCAGUCUGAUAUGAAUGUCAAUGAGACAUUAGAAUCUUCAUUAUCCAAUUGAUCAUUCUGUUACACUAGUUAUAAGAGAAAAUGGAGCACAAAACAUUAUAGAAGUGCAAGUGUGAACUCUACAGUGUGUUUCAGAUUGCUGCUCUAAUAUUUUGUAUUUUUAUACCCAGUGUAGUUCUUUAUCAGGAGGCAAAAGACAUUUUUAUAUGUAAUUUACAUGUAUGCUGUGUCUUGAAGUGUGUUUCAUGGCAUUCAGUAUGCCAAGAUGAAUGGAAUGUGUGAAUGAGUUACUUAUAGACUAGCCAGUCUUUCAAUGGUGCUAAUAUUGUUAAAUUGUUUUUGGAAUUUUAUGUGUAAAUUGAAGUAUGCCAUUUAAUUAAUAGGAGAGCUAUAGUUGUUAUGAGUUUAUAUUUUAUCAAAAUUUCUAAUGAAUAAAAUGUCAAAUACCACAUGUUAUUGGCAUAAAGAGCCUUCAGUUGCAAUCUACUUAUAUUUGUUCCUCAGAACAAGUUUAUUAAUUAAGUUUUCUUUAAUACUUUGAUUUGGUUGAACAAAAAUUAUAUUAUGGUGUUGAAUAUUCUCUUUUAUUCCAUUGAUAAUGAAAUUUGUACUGACCAGCUGCAUUAUGAAUAUCUGGACAAUUUGAGUCAAGAAUUAAUUUGAAUUACAAAUUGAUUUGAAGGUUAGUAAUAAAGAUUUUUGCUACAAAUGUUAGAAACAUUCCAUUGUUACUCAAUUAAAAAGAGAUAGUAUUUAACAUUAAGACUCCCCAAAAAUAAUCCUCCAAUGGAAAAUUAUGUUUAAUGAAAGGAAUAAGACCACUGUAAAAAUCUUUACAAUGUGAGACAAGCAUCACAUAUUGUGAAUCUAUUUCUCUAUAUUGUUCUCUUUAAUUCAAGUUUCAUUUAUCUCUUUCCUCCAGCAAGUCCAGAAGUGGGCCUUUUCUUGUUUCCACUUUUCAUUCCAUUCCAAAAACACACAAAACCCUUGCAAUUGUUGUAACACAAGAAAUUUGGAAAGAAGGAAAUCAAGAAUCUUCUUACUGAAGUACAUACUCAUUGGGCAUACCAUCAAUGGGCAAAACUAUCAAUUUUUAACUCCUUGGAACAUUUGUUUAGAUCAGGUCCCAGAGAGGAUGUUUUUUGGACAUCUGUUUCCAGUUAUUUAAUGUGAUAAUCUUAGUUAAUGUUAGUCUUAAAUCAAAAUAAUAACUACAAGUCAAAUUUAUUGUUUUCAUGUAGUAACUAUGGACUUGAAGAUCUUCAUCUGAAAUGCAUUUCAAUUAUUAUUUAAUGAAAGAGAAAGAAAAAAGAGAAUUAAAAGAGGUGAACAAUCUUAAAACAAUUUUCAUUAAAUGUAAUUAAUGGAUGGGAACGUGAAUGAAGCACUAAGUUUUAAUGUUUUAUUUAAUCAUCCAUGUACAAGGAAAUUACAUCAUUUUGUUUGAUACAAACAUAACAGACGAAAUAUUUUAAGCAAGCACUAGAAAGCUUCCUUUACAAGAUCAACUUUCCUCUUUUAUCUGAUACACUGGGCAAUGGGAAAAAAAAAUAUUUUUUUUUCUAUUUGUCUUCAUAUUCUUGGAAUGUUUAAUUUUAAAACCGAAGAAAUGGAAAUUACCUGAAAGGAAAAGAUUGGUAUAUCAUGGCAAAUUACUUAAAACUUUCUUUUAAUACAAGUUAUUUUUAUUACAAAAUUAUUUUUUUUAUAAUAAUGUAUGACUGUUUCUUUCCAUUAAAUUUAGAUUGAUGAACUAUUGAGAAUAGUAAAAUGAUUAAAAUGCUAGAGAAAUGUAUAAGAUGGAUUAUUUUAAAGUUGAAUUGUGUGAAUAAGACUUUUAAUGUUCAGAAUUUUAGCAGAUCUCUAAAGGAUUCCUUAGUUUUGUCAAAACUAUAAAAUAUUUCCUAGAAAUAGAUUUUUCUGAACAAUGGAAUUUGUAUUAUUAUGUUUAUUUUUUAUUAUCAGGUAAGACCUACUCUGAACUUUCUUUAGAAUCUUCUUAAUGUUACCAAUUUUUGAAACCCAGUGAAAUGUUCAGUUUUAGUCAGAUCAAAGGAGUAAAAAUAAUCAUUCUAGGAAUUAAUUGCAUUACUAGUAUAUGAAAUGAUAUUUCAAAUGACAUUCUCUUGCUAAUUCAUCUCAUUUUCAGUGAUAUUAGGUCAACUUAAACCUAAAGUUAUUAUUCAAAACAUUCAUAAUUCAAAAAUGAGAAAAAGGCUCUUGGUAAAGUGCAAAAUCAUACUUUCAGCUCUCUUUUGUACUUAUAUCUUCUAAUGUACUGUUACAUUGUAAAAAACAUGCAAUAUGGGUACAACUGAUUCAUACAUAGCUUUAAGUGUCUUCUUUAAAAGUUUAGUUAAUAAUAUAUGAACUGAUAAAAACAAGGCUGAGUUUGUGUACAAAGUCCAACUUUCAUAUUUAAGACCAAGCAAGUUUCUUAUAACGUUCAAUUUUUGGUCACUUGUUGAAUGUUUUAGAAGACAUGAGCAACUAGAUUGGUGCCAUUAACUGUGUUUCAUGUGAAUGGGAAUGAGAGAAUGAAUGAACUGCACGAUGACAAAAAUAUCUUUAAUUUAUCAUCUUUUGAUUAAGAGUAAACAAUCUUUAAUUUAAUAGUGAAUAUACAUGUUAGAAAUUAUUGAACAGUUCCUCAAAACUCCAUUGUCACCAUAGGGAAAUACAGGGCAUCUGUUAGAUUGAGAGAUUAUUGACUUUAAUGUUUUAUCCAAGUUUUAUGUAAUAAAUUAGAUUUAAAUCUCAGGUAAAUAAACUGAGACCAUUUUGAUGUUAGAAUUGAAUAUAGUCAAUUGUGCUGUUUUACACUAUUUUGAAUUUAAAAAAUAUUUUUAUAUUGAACACUUCAAUUUGGGAUAAAAAAAUUGAAUGUAAAUAAAGUCUUUAUGCUUCAC